UCGGAUUGGCGGGGUUUAGUCUUAAUAGAAUCUCAGCGAGAGCACGUCAUGGAUUUCGACCAGAUCUUGGAGAAGUGCGGCAAUGCGGGUCGCUAUCAGUACCUCAUGAUACUGCUGCUCGGCUACAUAGCCUUCACGACCACCGUGCACUAUUACUCGCAGAACAUCAUUGGGUUUGUGCCACAACACUGGUGUCAUCAUGCGGCACUCGAGAAUCGCAGUUUCGAGGAGAUUGCCGCCAUAUAUGCCCCAUUUGGCAAGGAGGCCUCCUGCACGCGACUGGACAAGAUUGAGGGCAACGUGGUUACGGUGAGUAAUGAGACCUGCCAGCGUUGGAUAUACAACUAUGACUUUGGAUUCAGGAGCAUGAAUGCAGAGCUGAACUGGGUGUGUAAUGAUGCCUACAAGGCGAGGAUCGGACAAUCUCUAUUCUUCCUGGGCUCCCUGGUGGGCACCUUCACCUUCGGCGUCCUGGGCGACCGGAUUGGCAGAGUGAGAGCCGUGAUCCUGGCCAAUCAGUGUGGAUUUGUGGGCGACUUUCUCACCACCUACGCCUCCAACUUGGUGCAGUUCGCCAUCUUUCGGUGCAUUUCUGGGCUCGCCGCCACAGCAAAUUAUUAUCUGAUGUUUAUUCUGGUUCUGGAGUACUUGGCGCCCAAACUGAGGAAUAUGGCCAUUAGUGGCACCCUGGGCAUUUGCUUUUGUCUGGGAGCUCUGGUGGCUCCCUGGCUUUCUGUGCUGGCUGGCAACUGGCGGAUCUACCUGACCUGCUCGGCUCUGCUGCAGUUGGUGGUGGCCCUGUUCUACUUUGUGGUGCAGGAGAGCGCUCAGUGGCUAAUCACACGGACCAAUGUGGAGGGGGCCAUUGCCAGGCUGAAGCACAUUGCCCACUUCAAUGGCAUGGAGGUGAAGGCAGCUGACUUUGAAGCCUUUAGGAGGAACUGCAUCGUCAAGAGGAAGCUUUCCAACCAACCGGAACAAACGGCGGGAAUUUUCGAUUUAUUGCGGACUCCGAAUCUGCGGAAGAUAUCGCUGCUGGUGGUUUUCACUUUCAUGCUUACUUCGCUGAGCUUCAAUACCAUCUCUAGAAACGUGGAGGGCCUGGGCCUUUCACCCUUUGUGGUCUUCUCGCUGUUUGCGGUGGUCGUUCCGCCCUCCGGAUUUAUCCAGGGACUCCUGCAGAGCCGGGUUGGCCGCAAAGCCACUGCCUUUCUGGCCAUGCUCUGCACCGGACUCCUUUCCUGCGCUUUGGGCGUGGCCCUCUCCACGGAGGGCGCACAACAGAACGUGACCUUGCUGCUGGCCUUCGCCCUGCCCAUGCGGCUGGGCAUCUCCAUGUGCUACACGGUCACCUCGCAGUUCGCCUCCGAGCUGCUGCCCACUUGUGUGCGCUCGCGCGGAAUCGCUGCAGUGCAUCUGGCUGCGGCGGGCGCCUCCUUCGUGUCCCCCUACCUGAUUCAUCUGGGCACUAAGCUGGCGGCUGCUCCGUCCCUCAUCCUGGCGCUGCUUCUGCUCACCGCAUCCGGAUGCACUCUCAUGCUGCCGGAAACGAACAAUAGACAAUUGCCCAUCACAUUGGCUGAUGGAGAGGCGUUUGGGAAGGGCGAGUCCAUGCUGUCAUUUGACUGUUGGCGUCGCCACGAUGACGAUGUGUCCAAAGAAACCAUCGAGGAAGUGAGGCUGCACCAGCUCAAGGGACAAGGAAAAUCCGAAACGGAUGCGGAAGUGUAGAGUGUAGAGUGAAGCCCAAUCAAAGUAUUUCCCCACAGACUUUAAUAGCCAGCCCCAAAGGGUAUUAGCCAAAGAAGUGGACACGGUAGUUGCGAAAAUUGUCAGUAGAUGUGAAGUUUGCUUUAUUUUAUUGAUUCACUGCUGUUCACAAUUUAUACCACUAGUUUAACUUAGCAACUUGUAUUGAGCCAAUUUCUUGAGUUCAUCAGCUUGCUGGAAUCGUGUGUGUCGGUAUUGUUGCCUUUGUAUUAAGUACUUACUUGUAAGUAAAGGGGUCAUAAGUAUCUUGUAUUUUGUAAAUGGUUAUGUAAACUCUUGUAAUUUGUAACGCUUAAAUGCCAUAAACAUAACGGCUACAAUUUGAUCGCUUCAACCUGCCCCGAUUGCCAUGGAAAAUCUUACAAACUCUACUCUACUAUAGCGCAUUGCAAAACUGACCGAUCAAAGGUCCGUUCCCUUAAAUCUAUGUGUAAAGUCCAACGCAGACGUGGCGAGAAGUGAUUUAGGGCCCCUGUCGCAGGUUGCCAGAUAAUAACAUUCGAAACUAGAACGGUUCUCUACCAACUCAUUAGCUUAUUUAGCAAAGAAAUAACUAGACUAACAGUUUCACCUCAACUGAGCCUAUAGAGUUCAAUGUAAAAUCAUAUACGCGGGCUCAAAAUAUUGUUCUCAGGGCAGUACAGGGAUAUGGAUAUACAUACAAUCAGUGGAUUUUUGCUCUUAGGAAGGCAACCGCAGCGUUUUUCAUACACUCUGCUUUAGCUAUGUAUAUUUGUGUAUCUUAUGUGUGUAUUUGCUAAAAAAGUUUUCUACAUUAACGCAACUUG